CCCGCAACGAACCGACCAUUGUUCGGUGCAAUGCAUCGGAGAUUGGAGAAAGCAGGUAUCACAGGGGGAGAUCCCCUCGCACAACCCGCCCGUUGUUCCACUAUAAAACUCCAACCAUCAUUUCCUGGUAGCGUCAGUUUCGUUUUUACCGUGCCACAACCGUUCAAUAACACAAAAAAAUGUUCGCUACCACUAAAAUUUUAUUCGCCUUAUCCUGCCUCGGUCUGUGCAAAGGUGGCCUCUUAGAGGGCGGUUACGAAGACCACUACGGAGGAGGUCUCGAAUUGCACGGGGACUACGGUGGCGGACACGAAGACUAUUACGCGCAUCCGAAAUACAAAUUCAACUAUGCCGUUCACGAUCCUCACACGGGAGACGAGAAGCAGCAGUACGAAGAGAGGGACGGCGAUACGGUGAAGGGGCAGUACUCGCUGAAAGAGGCCGACGGUACUACGAGGAUAGUGCAGUACGAAGCCGAUAAACACAACGGUUUCAACGCCGUGGUGCACAAAGUGGGCGAGCCGUCGGUUCAUCCGGAGGCGUACGAAUCGUACGGUGGCGAUCACCACUAUUGAUUCAUUCGCUAGUUCAAUACGUAAAAAAUUUACACGGCUUUCGACGAUGGUAAAAUUCCAGAGAAAUUCUCGAUUCGUUAAAACUGUUUUUUUUUUCGUACGGUUUCGUACGCAACCUUUAGAGCCGAUUUUGUGAUAUUUUCGUAC